CAUUUUGUCGGGGGCGGAGGAAGCGCCCGUCCCGCCCCGUGCUCUGCCUGCCGGGGCCGCCCGGCCCCGCCGCACUCGCCGCGGAGACCGAGGGGAGCGGAGCCGCAGCCCCCAGCGCCAUUGCCGCCCUCCGCCCGCCAUGGCAGGAGCCAUUGAUGGAAAGGACACCCUGAUGUCCCAGCUGGAUUACUGAGCUCCUGAGUGACUCCUGGAGCUGCUGCUGCUGCUGCUGCUGCUGGAAUAAGGAGCUGUCCUUCGUUCUUGGCUGUCCCAGAGGCACCUCCUGGGUGCUGCAUGCAAGUCCUGGACGUGCUGGAAACCAUGGGGAUUGGCAAGAACACCACGGCCAAGGCUGUGGAGGCAGGAGGAGGCUCCACAGAGGGCAAAUACGAGGAUGAGUCCAAGCACCCCACCUUCUUCACCCUGCCUGUUGUGAUAAACGGUGGAGCCACGUCCAGUGGUGACCAGGACACAGAGGACACGGAGCUGAUGGCCAUCUACACCACAGAGAAUGGCAUAGCAGAGAAGAGCUCCCUGGCAGAGACCCUGGACAGCAGUGGCAGUCUGGAUGCCCAGAGGACUGACAUGAUUUACACCAUUGAAGAUGUUCCCCCCUGGUACCUCUGCAUCUUCCUGGGCUUGCAGCACUACCUGACGUGUUUCAGCGGGACCAUCGCCGUGCCCUUCCUGCUGGCCGAUGCCAUGUGCGUGGGCUUCGACCAGUGGGCCACCAGCCAGCUCAUCGGGACCAUCUUCUUCUGCGUGGGCAUCACCACCCUGCUGCAGACCACCUUCGGCUGCAGGUUACCCCUGUUCCAAGCCAGUGCUUUUGCAUUCUUAGCACCUGCCAGAGCAAUUCUCUCUCUGGAGAAGUGGAAGUGCAAUAACACAGAUGUAGCAGUUGCAAACGGAACAGCAGAGCUGCUGCACACGGAGCACAUCUGGUACCCCCGGAUCCGAGAGAUCCAAGGUGCCAUCAUCAUGUCCUCGCUGAUCGAGGUGGCGAUCGGGCUGCUGGGGCUGCCCGGGGCCCUGCUGCGCUACAUCGGGCCCCUGACCAUCACCCCCACCGUGGCCCUCAUCGGCCUCUCGGGCUUCCAGGCUGCUGGGGAGAGAGCUGGCAAGCACUGGGGCAUCGCCAUGCUGACUAUUUUCCUAGUACUCUUGUUCUCCCAGUAUGCCAGAAAUGUCAAAUUUCCCUUGCCCAUUUAUAAAUCCAAGAAAGGAUGGACAGCAUACAGGCUGCAGCUUUUCAAGAUGUUCCCUAUCAUCCUGGCCAUCCUGGUGUCCUGGCUGCUGUGCUUCAUCUUCACGGUGACGGACGUGUUCCCGCCGGACAGCUCCAAGUACGGCUUCUACGCGCGCACGGACGCGCGCCGCGGCGUGCUGCUGGUGGCCCCCUGGUUCAAGGUGCCCUACCCCUUCCAGUGGGGGCUGCCCACCAUCUCGGCGGCGGGGGUGAUCGGCAUGCUGAGCGCCGUGGUGGCCAGCAUCAUCGAGUCCAUCGGCGACUACUACGCCUGUGCCAGGCUCUCCUGUGCUCCUCCUCCUCCCAUCCACGCCAUCAACAGGGGGAUUUUCAUCGAGGGGCUCUCCUGUGUUCUGGAUGGAGUGUUUGGCACAGGGAAUGGAUCCACCUCCUCCAGCCCCAACAUUGGGGUCCUGGGCAUCACAAAGGUUGGCAGCCGCAGGGUGAUCCAGUAUGGAGCUGCCUUCAUGCUGCUGCUGGGCAUGGUGGGCAAGUUCAGCGCGCUCUUCGCAUCGCUGCCCGACCCCGUGCUGGGGGCUCUCUUCUGCACCCUCUUUGGGAUGAUCACGGCCGUGGGUCUGUCCAACCUGCAGUUCAUUGAUCUCAACUCUUCCCGGAAUCUCUUCGUGCUGGGAUUUUCCAUCUUCUUUGGCCUCGUGCUCCCCAGCUAUCUCAAACAGAACCCCCUGGUCACAGGAAUUGCAGGCAUUGAUCAGGUGCUGAACGUGCUGCUCACCACGGCCAUGUUCGUCGGGGGCUGCGUGGCCUUCGUGCUGGACAACACCAUCCCAGGAAGCCCUGAGGAAAGGGGGAUUCGGAAGUGGAAGAAAGGGGUUGGCAAAGGCAGCAAAUCCCUGGAUGGCAUGGAGACCUACGAUCUGCCUUUUGGCAUGAACUUCAUUAAGAAAUACAGGUGUUUCAGCUUCCUGCCCAUCAGCCCCACCUUCGUGGGCUACACGUGGAAAGGCUUCAGGAAAAGCAGCAGCUGCAGGAGUUCAGACGAAGACUCAGAAGCUACAGUAUAGCCUUAGCUGAAAUUAUAUUAUCUAGUUGUAGUCAGAGAUGUAUUUGCAGUUUCUUGCUGAUUAAGAAGCAUUAAAAUAUAUGUUUUGUA